UUUCUCAUCCAGAGCCCAACACAAAACGUUUGCCUCGGGAGUCGGGGACACCAUUGAAGCUUCUCUCUUCAUCGCCACGUCAACAACACCAGUAGUCCCUCGUUUCGCUUGAGUGGAAGAGUGCGUUUUUUUUUUUUUUUUAUCAUCAUCUUGGCUAUUCCAGCUCGCCAUUGCUUGAUCAAUCCCUCAACGUCAUUGCCAGAGACACAGCAGCGAGUUUCGUGAAACGUGAACGAACAAGGUCCUCCGUAGUCCGUAGACUGUAUGUCUUUUCUGUGACUCCUUCUUUUUCCUCUUUUAAGUGCGAGUGUGUAUCUAUUGAUGCUCCCAUUGGAAUGAGUUGUUUCCGGGUCAAUGAUCCUACUGUGGGCAUUUUAUAAAUUUUAUGUUCUUGGGAAAAGUGUAAUUUAUAAUUUUUACUGCAAUGCGCUCUUUCGAUCACGAAAUUUGUUUUCCUGAGCUUCAGCUUCAAAUGGGUUCUCAGUAAUUUCUCUGAUUUUGGUUUUCUCCUUGGGCAAUUGUUAAAGAGUCCUUCUAGUCAACAGAGAGUUAAGUUCAAUCUUGCAGUGGAGCCUAUUUAUAUGCAAACGGUUUUAGAAGAUGGGGAGGAAGAAGGAAUUAAACAAGGAAGAGAUUGCUGAGGAUUGGUGCUUUAUUUGUAAGGAUGGAGGACUAUUGAUCUUGUGUGAAUACAAGGACUGCCUUAAAGCAUACCACACUGAGUGUGUGGGGAAAGAAGAAUCCUUUUCAAAGACUGGCAAUUAUCCGCGUUGUAGUUGGCAUAAUUGCUUCCUUUGCCACAAAGCCUCAAAAUUUCAGUGCUUUUGCUGUCCAAAUGCUGUUUGUGGGCGCUGCUUCUGCGAUGCUGAGUUUUCAGUUGUCAAAGGGAAUAAAGGAUUUUGUAGUCACUGCUUGAGACUUGCACAACUUGUAGAGGAAAAUGCUGAUGUUGAUUCUGAUGGGGAAAAGAUAGACUUUAAAGACCAAGAUACAUAUGAAUUCUUAUUUUCAGAUUAUUAUAAGAUUAUCAAGGGACAAGAAGGGUGGAAUUCUCAGCAAGUACAUUCUGCCUAUAAGUUAUUGAAGAAUGGUAAAAACUACAACUGUGACUGGGAGUUGUGUGAAAUGGGUGACGGGGAUAAUGAUUCUGAAGAAUCCGAAGAUAACUUUGUUGUUUCUGAUGAUGAUGGUUUUAAUGACAUAGAAGUAGGUAAGCCAGGGAAGAAGCGGAAGAGUCAUGUAAGGGAGGUGAAAACAACUAAAGAAAAGGCAAAGGAUAAGAAAAAGGAGUUUAUUGGAUGGGGUUCCAGAGGUCUUGUUGAAUUUCUCCACCAUAUUGGUAGAGACACUAGCAAAGUGUUAUCUCAACAUGAUGUUUGCUCCAUCAUUAUUCAGUACUGCAAAGAGAACAAGCUUUUUCACCCUGAGAAAAAGAAAAAGAUAAUUUUUGAUGCAAAGCUAAAGAGUUUGUUGGGCAGGAAAUCAGUGAAUAAGAACAGUAUAUAUAAUCUUUUGACGCCACAUUUUGCUGACAAUUGUGAAGAAAUGGAAGAUGAUACCACUAGUGGUUCAGAAGAUAGGGAUAAAAAUGAGUCAGUCAAUUGUAAAAAGCAGAGAAGACUAAGCUCAAGUUCAACAUCUUAUGAGGAUCUAGUUUCAGAAGGACAUCAAAGCUGUUUUGCAGCCAUAGUUUCAUCAAAUAUCAAGCUUGUCUACUUGAAGAGGAGUUUAAUAGAGGAGCUUUUGACUCAGCCAGCAACUUUUGAUGGCAAAGUGAUUGGAAGUUUUGUGAGAGUCAAAUCUGAUCCAAAUGACUAUUUACAGAAGAAUUCUCAUCAGCUAUUGCAAGUUGUAGGCAUUAAAAGACCUUUAAAGAAUAAUGAAAUCAACAAAGAAAUUCUGCUUCAUCUUUCCAAUGUGCCAAUAGAUGUGCCUAUUUGUAAAGUUUCUGAUGAUGACUUUUCUGAGGAAGAAUGCCGUGAUCUGAAUCAAAGGAUGAAAGAUGGUCUACUUUCACAGCCUAAAGUCGUAGAGCUUGAACAGAAAGCCAGAAGUCUUCAUGAAGAUAUUAUAAAGCAUUGGAUCCUAAGGGAGCUGGCUUCAUUACAAAGACGCAUUGAUCAGGCCAAUGAAAAGGGAUGGAGAAGAGAACUUUCUGAGUACAUGGAUAGAAAGCUGCUGCUACAGACUCAAUCAGAACAAUCACGUUUGCUGAAUGAUAGACCAAAAGUGAUUCCCGAUAUACUGUAUACCAAACCCUCACAGGAGCCAGAGGAUACCCCGGGUAAGGAUAAACUAGAGGUUACCCCAAGUAAGGAUAAGCAAGAGCAAAAUGGCUUACCAAAAUAUGUCCCAGGAGAACCUUGCAUUCCUCUCGGAAAUGCUUAUAGAACCACUGCAGCCCCUGAGACUCCAGAAGUGAAAGGCCAAGAUGGUGGGACAAUUUCUGCUUUUAUUAAACAAUCACCUAUCAGUGCUAUUGUCCAAGAGAAAUGCACUCCUCCAAGAAAGCAGCUUCAAUCUAGUUCAAAAGUUAAGCAAGUUAACACCAACAGUGUACAUUCUGAGAAGUUAAGGUUGGAAACUCCGACCUGCUAUACAACAUCAAAAUCUGGUGUUUCUCAGCCAAGGCACUCAGAUUCUGGUUCAUAUUUUGAUGGAAGAAAAUCAGAUAAGCUGAAUAAAAAGCAAAGCACGCCAGUUGGUGACAUGAUCGUUUUAAGUGAUGAUGAUGAGCAAAAUCUAAAUGCUCAAAUAGACAAACUAGCUGAUAAAAAUCCAGAAAUUCCAAUAUGGCAUUGUGUAAGUCCAUGUGGUGAAAAAAGAGGGCCCUUCUCAAUGUCGUUGCUCAAACGUUGGAGUGAAACUAGCUCCACUGCUUCAGAAUUCAAAGUCUGGAGGACAGGUCAGAGUGAAAGAGAUGCAAUACUUCUCCCUGAUGCUCUUCGCCAAUGUUUGCCAGAAAGUUAGGUGAAUGGAAACAAUUGUGUAAAGUUGACUUACCCAGUAUGAAUGGUGUUGGAAGCUUCAGCUGGGAAAAAAAGAUUACAUGCAUGCUUUGGGAUGAAAUGGUCAGGGUCUUGUGUGAUGUAACAUCUUGAUAUUCGUAGAUCACCUGCACGUGUAACUUGAUUCUAUUUUAUUUUUAGAUGAUGUAGCUGUUUUCUAGUUUGGGUUAGAAGAGUGUCAAUGUGAUACUUUGGUAUUAUUUUAAUAUAUUAGCAACUUCUUUCAAUUUC